UCCCCGGCAUUCGGAAACCCCCCUCGACGCCUCUCGAUUUGAAAUCCCCACCCCGAUAUCGGAAAAAAUUAGAAGAGGAAAAGGAAAAGCUCUCGAUCUAGGGAUCCCCUUCCCCGCCUCUCGUUCCCCUCCUCCCCCAAAACCCUAGGCCAGCCAAGCGGCGGAGCUCGCCCGCCCCGGACCAUGGCCGAAGACCACUACUCCUCCGCGUCGUCCGCCGCCCCCUCGGCGGCGGCGACCGCGGCGGCCGCUGCGGCGGCGGCGGUGGGGUCGUCGGUGAUCCCGAUUGUCAACAAGCUGCAGGACAUCUUCGCGCAGCUGGGGAGCAGCUCCACGAUCGACCUGCCGCAGGUGGCCGUGGUGGGGAGCCAGAGCAGCGGCAAGUCCAGCGUCCUCGAGGCGCUCGUGGGCCGGGACUUCCUCCCGCGGGGCUCCGACAUCUGCACGCGCCGCCCCCUCGUGCUGCAGCUCGUGCACCAGCCGCGGCGACCCACAGACGCCGAGGCCGAUGAGUGGGGCGAGUUCCUGCACCUCUCGGGCCGCCGCUUCUACGACUUUCGAGAAAUCCGGCGUGAGAUCCAGGCAGAAACGGAUCGGGAGGCGGGUGGUAACAAGGGUGUAUCAGAUAGGCAGAUACGUUUGAAGAUUUUUUCCCCAAAUGUUCUUAACAUUACUUUGGUCGAUUUGCCUGGAAUCACUAAGGUGCCAGUUGGUGACCAACCAACUGAUAUUGAGGCCAGAAUAAGGACUAUGAUAAUGUCAUACAUCAGACACAAGACAUGUAUCAUCUUAGCUGUUUCACCAGCAAAUGCAGAUUUAGCAAAUUCUGAUGCUCUUCAAAUGGCUCGGGUUGCUGAUCCUGAUGGUUCUCGAACAAUCGGUGUUAUCACAAAGCUGGACAUAAUGGACAGGGGCACUGAUGCGCGCAACUUUCUGCUGGGAAAUGUGAUCCCCUUAAAACUCGGCUAUGUUGGCGUGGUAAACCGAAGCCAGCAGGAUAUCAACUCUGACCUUAGUAUCAAAGAUGCUCUGGCUCGUGAAGAAAAAUUCUUCCGUACUCAGCCGGCAUAUCAUGGUCUUACUCAGUACUGUGGAAUACCGCAAUUAGCAAAGAAGCUAAACCAGAUCCUGGUCCAACAUAUAAAAACAGUUCUGCCAGGGCUUAAGUCACGCAUAAGCAGUCAAUUGACUGCUGUUGCUAAGGAGCUUGCUGUGUAUGGUGAUCCUGUUGACUCAAAGGCCGGGCAAGGUGCGAAGCUUUUGAACAUUCUAGCUAAAUACUGUGAAGCAUUCUCCUCGAUGGUGGAAGGAAAAAAUGAAGAUAUAUCAACCAUUGAACUUUCUGGUGGAGCAAGAAUCCAUUACAUUUUUCAGUCUAUCUUUGUAAAAAGCUUAGAGGAGGUUGACCCCUGUGAGGAUGUUACCGAUGAAGACAUCCGCAUGGCUAUCCAAAAUGCAACUGGUCCUAGAAGCGCGCUGUUUGUUCCUGAAGUACCAUUUGAAGUCCUUGUACGUAGGCAGAUCAGCAGAUUGCUUGAUCCAAGUCUUCAGUGUGCACAAUUCAUAUAUGAUGAGCUAGUAAAGAUGAGCCAUCGCUGCCUUGCAACAGAGCUGCAGCAGUUUCCUAUACUCCGCAGAAGCAUGGAUGAAGUAAUUGGGAAGUUUUUGCGGGAUGGGCUUAAGCCAGCAGAAAGUAUGAUAGCACACAUUAUUGAGAUGGAGGAGGAUUACAUAAACACAUCACACCCGAAUUUUAUCGGUGGCAGCAAGGCUGUUGAGCUAGCACAACAACAAGUUAGGUCUGCUAAAAUGUCAUCGUCGGUGGUAAGAAAGGAUGGAGUAGAUGCUGAUAAGGUACAGGCUUCUGAAAAAACUCAAAAAACGCGUGCAGUAUUGGGUAGAACUGUAAAUGGAGUAAUUACUGAUCACAUCCAGGGGGUAAGGCCUGCCUCCGAGGCUGAGAGACCAGGAUCUUCUGGUAGUGGAAGCACAUCCUUUUGGAAUUCAAUAUUUACUUCCAAUGAGGACCGUACACAUGCUUCUGCAAAAGAUAAUUCAGCAAACAGAUCCUAUGCUGUGCCUACACCCAAUCUGGAGCAUUCAUUCUCAACGAUACAGUUAAGAGAGCCACCGGUCGUCCUUAAACCUUCAGAACACCAGUCUGAGCAGGAAGCACUCGAAAUAGCAAUCACAAAAUUUCUAUUGAAGUCAUAUUACAAUAUAGUCAGGAAAAAUGUGGAGGACUUCAUACCAAAAGCAAUUAUGCAUUUCCUGGUUAAUCACACAAAAAGGGCGCUGCAUAAUUACCUCAUAACAAAACUUUACAGAGAUGAUCUCUUGGAGGACUUGCUCAAAGAACCUGAUGAGAUAACCAUAAAGAGGAAGCAGAUACGAGAAAAUCUCAAGGUUCUUCAGCAAGCUUACAAAACUUUGGACGAGAUACCACUCGACGCGGAGGCAGUCGAGAGGGGUGGCUAUUCCCUUGACUCUGAUGUGAUUGGUCUACCAAGGGCCCACGGGCUUUCUUCAUCCCUACAUGGAUUCAAUGAUGGAAGUUCACCAUAUUCAACCCCAAAGCAGUCAAGGUCAAGGAGAUCCAACCAUUCAGGGGAGCAGCCCCCUUUCAAUACCAAUAUGAGUGGCAAUGGUUUUUGAUGCCACCUUUCACUGUCGCCUCUCCCAGAUUGGUGAUUGAACCGCAUCAAGUUUGUUGGCAUCCAUAGAUAUAUGUUUUUUCUAGUUAUAUUCUUUGUAGCGCCGCGCCGAUGAAGCCUGACAUGGUGCUAGUUUUGUCAUUUCGCCUUUUUGUACAGUAUAUCUUUACCCAGUCAUUUUGUCUUAAAUGAUAUCGGUGAUGGGUAUAGUUUUGUUCGGACCCAUGGAAGAAGCUAUGGAAAUUUCUGCUAGGUGUAGUAGUGCCGAGUGCCUGUAUGUUACCACGGAUUUGCCGUGCAAAAUAUGACAUGGCUGGUAUGGUGGUGCAAGAAGUUGUGGCAUCAAAUUGUUCCCUUUCUUGUUGUUUUGAUUUGUUGAGUCUUCGUUUAAUAA